ACGCAGACAUGUACUGUCUGGCUAUUUAACCGCGGGUUGGUGGAUUCACUCUGCUCUCAAACUGUCUACACACCACAUGAAAUCUCCAGUAAUGCGAUGCAAAAGCAGCUUGUCAAAGUCCAGAGGAGCGCUGUGUGAUCUGACGGAACUUCUUCAAUUGAGCGCCUCAUCAUCAUCAUCCUCACUUUUCACCUGAUGACACAUUGCGCAGGGAUUGUUCCAGGCGCGUCUGUCCCCUCUCUGGCUCUCACAUCUCUCGCACUUAAAGUUUGAUUUCUUUUUUUUAAAAAGUGGAAAUGAAUAACACCGGGUUCAACCAAACGGAGGGAGGACUGCUCAACAAGACCGAGGAGUUUUUCUGCUGCAACUUUUCCUCCGUGGUGACUGAUAACGGCUUUGUGGCGGCCGCACCGGAUGAGAGGAGCCUCUUCAUCAUGAGGGUGGUCCAGAUAGCCGUCAUGUGCGUUUUGUCCCUCACGGUGGUUUUUGGCAUAUUUUUCUUGGGUUGCAACCUUCUCAUAAAGUCAGAGGGGAUGAUAAACUUUUUGGUAACGGACAGGAGACCGUCUAAAGAAGCGGAGGCAGUUAUUGUGGGUGCCUAUUGACUGCUGGGGACCUUUAUAUAUAAUGAUUUGAAUCAGAUCUGAAGUCUGGUGGAGACAGCUGGGAGACAAAUGGGAUGAUCAACUCACUAAACAACCCCCCUGUUUUCAUACUGGUAUUUAGAAAAAGCCUCAGAGGUAACCAAAGCCUGCUGGUGACUGCGGUUCACAGGUGUCCACCUUAUUCCUUGUGGCUUUUUAAAUGCCUACAAAGACUGAUUCAUCUCCAGGAGGUAUUGUGCGUUUUAAGCCUCUUUGUUUAUAAAGUAUUCAACCAAGCACUGUUGUACUUUCAGUAGUUGCAGCACCGUUUGUCAAGCAGCAUCCUUUGUCAUGGAAGUGGCAAAGUCUUUGUAUGUGCUGCUUCAAAAUGCCCUUUCAUAUUGCAAAAUGCAAUGGAGAAAUUAAUGUUAAACAUGUUCUGUAUGUUGUAUGUGUUUUUGCAUACAAUAUGCAACAUAUUAAUUGGUGUAUUUCUCUGGAUUUCCUGGUGAUAACUGUAUGAGUGUCUGCAUGGGCGGUGGAGAAAAAGCCCAACAUGACGUGUAUCCUGUUAAUUGGAAUAAAUUCGUUCUGUAAUUAAAGUUUUCCUC